AUGCCGUCGCUCCGACGCACCCUCUCUUCCCCCUCCGCCCGCACCUCUCCUUAUCACCACCACAGCUCGCAUUCCAACGGGAACGUGACAAGGGCGGGCGGAAACACUCCCCGCAGGUCCUCGGGGUCGGACACAAGCCGCAGGAGAGUCCUCGCCGACAUCGACUGGUGGCGAGUCCAGGAUGGUCAGCGCGACCAGUCAUCAAGUGAGGAGGAGCAGGACGCGCCAGCGGACAACCAGGCCGACGAUCUCGCCGGCCCACGCGUCGAGAAUACCAAUGCGGGCGUGUCUGCGCUGAAUGAUGGGACCGUUCCGCCUGCGUGGCAACCAGUCGCGGGCGCGGGCAUAGGCGCUCUGGGGGCGACCUUGAACGCAGAGCCUCUCUUCAUGGACAUGAUGAUGCAUGUUCCAGACUUGUCCGAGGCACUCUCCCCCAUUCCUCAGUUUGCAGACCUCAGCAUCUCUCCACGCACUCCCUCGCGCCCACGCUACACGCACUCCUCGCAGUCCUCCGAGUCUUCGCUUGCGAGCACGCCCGAGGUCCUGUACAACGCCCUCUUUCCCGCGCCCACGCUCGAAAGAAGCCUCACGGACAUGUUCUCCUUUAACGACACGUACUCUCUCGACUCCCUCUCCGGUGCCUUCGCGAUGCCCAGGGCUGUGCCGUUCGGAACGCGCUCCGUCAGUUACUCGUCCGUCGAGCCCCAGCUGUCCUCCAACCGACGCCGGCGCCAGGAACGGCGCUUCGACGAUAUCGUCCCGCCCCCCUUCUUCUCGCUCACCCGGGAGGAUGUCGACGACCUGUUUGACUGA